AUGUCUUCUACACUUUCGACCAAAACUACGACUCAAACAACUAGUACCAACUUUACAAGCUCCGUUUCAAUUUCACCAACACCAACAACGUUAACAACGUCAACUACGUCAACUACAACAAAUAUUAAACCUUGCUGUGCAUGUCCUGAAACAAAAAGAAAUAGGGAUCAAUGUAUUUUUGAAACCGGUGAUGAAGAAAAAUGUAAAGAUUUAAUUGAAGCUCAUAAAGCUUGCAUGCGUAAUUUGGGUUUUAAUAUUUAA